GGGGGCCGAAUCCCGUCCUCCACCCUGCACCGGGACAGGCGCUGGGGCUGGGGGUCCUGGGGCGGGGGUCCAUCCAGGGGAGCCUCUAGACUCCCCGAGCUCCGGCCGUGGCUGGGGGCAGGAACGGUCGUGGGGGCGGGAGGUGGAGGUAGUGCUGUGGCCGGAGGCGGGGCGGAGAAAGGAGGCCGGGUGAGAUGUUCCCGCAGGGUCUGGGUUCUCCUCGGCUCCCUGGUGCUCGUCUUCCUCACCUCUCUCUUCUUCUCCGUCUCGCUCCGCGGGGGCGUCGGAUUCAACUACCCGGAGCCGCCUGGGUGGGAGGAGUCGAGGCGGGUGAAGCUGGUGCCCAGCUACGUGGGCGCUCACAGGCUUUCACCGGCCGAGACCUCGCAGCCGAAGACAUGUGGGUGCCCACGCUGCGUCGGAGACCCCGGCGUUUCCGAUUGGUUCGAUGAGAACUACGAACCGGAUAUCUCACCUGUUUGGACCAGAGACAACAUCCAGCUGGCUUCUGAUGUCUACUACUGGUGGGUGAUGUUACAGCCCCAGUUUAAACCCCACAGCAUCCAGCAGGUGCUGCUGAGGCUGUUCCAGGUGAUUCCUGGAAGGUCGCCGUACGGCUCGUGGGAUCCGGGGCGCUGCCUGCGCUGCGCCGUGGUGGGGAACUCCGGGAACCUCCGCGGCGCCGGAUAUGGGGCGACCAUUGACGGACACAACUACGUCAUGAGGAUUAACCUGGCCCCCACGGUGGGCUACGAAGAAGACGCCGGCAGCCACACCACUCACCACUUUAUGUACCCGGAGAGCGCCAAGAAUCUGGCGGCCAACGUCAGCUUCGUCGUGGUUCCCUUCAAGACGCUGGAUCUCGUGUGGAUCACCAGCGCUCUGUCCACGGGCCAGAUUCGGUUUACCUACGCUCCCGUGAAGCAGUUCCUCCGUGUAGAUAAAGACAAGGUCCAGAUCUUCAACCCAGCGUUCUUUAAAUACAUCCACGACCGCUGGACCAGACAUCAUGGGCGCUACCCCUCCACUGGCAUGCUUGUACUGUUCUUUGCCCUACAUGUGUGUGAUGAGGUGAAUGUGUUUGGUUUCGGGGCAGACAGCAGGGGGAAUUGGCACCACUACUGGGAACAGAACCGCUACUCUGGAGAGUUCAGGAAGACCGGCGUCCACGACGCCGACUACGAAGCGCAGAUCAUUCAACGGCUUGCCAAGGCUGGCAAGAUCACCGUAUUCCCUGGGAAAUAACCAGCGGAUCGCCCUGUGUAUCUAACGUUCCAACCCUAAUACUGCAACAGACACUACAGAGGCUGCUGGGAACGUGUUAGACAUCCUCGCGUUCCGGUAUCUGCACCAGUUUAGGUUCCCAGGCUGAAGUGAACCAAAGCGUGGCCUAAAGGCCACAAACACUAUUCCAUUCACUUUCCCUUGUAUCGGAGGAUUGGCCGACCUGCGGAGGCUGUGAUUGUUGAUGAUGUAACCAGGAGGCGGGAACAUGUAGCUCCAAAUGUAGUUCUGCUCACUAGCGAGUUCUUGGCUUUCAGUUUUCAAGGCUUUACCUCCAAUCCCCACCGCAGCACCACAUCUCUCCUUCCCAGGGGCAGCUUCCACUCAGCAGUGAAAAACAAGUGAAGGAUUGUGCGGUGGAAAACUCAACCACUCACCACAAAUAACACCAUUGACUUUUCAGAGGGCAGAGAGAAAGAGACGGAUGUACAUCCCACUUCUGGCCUCUCCUUGGAUUUAGUGGCCACAUGUGGGACACUACUGUUCUACAGCACUGUGGUGUUUCAACGUACCGUCCUUUCCCUUCUAGGCACGAGGGGCUGCAGGACACUAACUCUGCAACUGAACAUUUUGAGACUCACAGACUCAUUUGUUACAGGAGCAGGGGGCUCGACUUCCUUCAGAGGGAAAUC